UUGUAUUUAUAGAGUCACAAACACGUUAAUUGAGCUUUGUGUGGAUUGGGCAGACAGCUAUGGGUUUCUUGAAAUGGCUGAUCAUUCUAAUAUUCCAAUUUUACUACCUUUUCUACCUCACCAUAGCACAGCCUAAUUUCACUUUUCAAUCGCCCUGUAAAGGUAAUGAGACAGAGUACCCCCCGAAUGGUGCAUACCACACAAACCUUAACAGAGUCCUCUCCUCUCUUUCGCGUAACAUAGACAGUGAUGGGUUCUAUAAUGCUACCAUAGGCCAAGAUCGGGACAGGGUUAGUGCCAUCGCGCAAUGUAGAGGAGAUGUCGAAUUACAAACAUGCCGUGACUGUAUAAAUAAUGCUACUCGCUUGAUUUUAGAGAAAUGUCCAUCCAAGAAAUCAGCCUUUGGCAUUUAUGAUAUGUGUCUGAUAAGAUAUUCAAAUGAGUCCUUCAUAGGCACUAUGUCAACCGACCCGCGAUUUUCUUAUUAUGUCACCAGGAAUUUCUCGAACCCCCAAUUGUUUUUUAACCAAUAUCUGACACCCUUGUUGACAAAUUUAAGAACUCAAGCUUCAAGGGGUGGGAAGCGCAAGUUUGCUGCUAAUGUUAUUGAAGCCCCUGAUUUUCAGAAAACACAUGCACUUGUACAGUGCACAGCCGAUUUAUCAGCUCAAGGUUGCUACGAUUGUUUGACCGCUAUCUAUGAAAGUUUGCCUACCUGUGAAUGUUAUGCAAAGUGGGGAAACUACCAUUUGAUGCCCAGCUGCAUUGUUCGGUAUGAACCUUACUCAUUCUUCAAUGAAUCAUUAUUGACUGAAGCUCCUCCACCCUUGGUGUCACCGCCGCAGCCAGCCUCAUUGCCACCACCACCACCAGGAAAGGAAGACAAAACUGCACGAACUGUCAUCAUUAUUGUUGUACCCAUUACCACAAUUGUUAUUCUUAUUGGUUGUAUUUCUGUCAUCUUGAUGAGGAGGCAAAAGAGGAAGUUGGUGAACAAAAGAGACGUUGAAGGUAUAUCUGUGGAUGAUACAAGUAUUGCAGAAUCAUUGCAAUAUGAUUUUGCAGCAAUUAGUGCAGCGACAGAUCACUUCUCAGAUGCUAAUAAGUUGGGACAAGGCGGAUUUGGUCCUGUGUACAAGGGCAAGCUUCCAAAUGGACAAGAAGUAGCAGUGAAAAGAUUGUCAAUAGAUUCAGGCCAAGGAGAUCUAGAAUUCAAAAACGAGGUCAUGUUGGUUGCCAGGCUACAACAUAGGAAUUUGGUUAGAUUGCGAGGAUUUUGCUUCGAUAGAACAGAGAGACUUCUUGUCUAUGAAUUUGUUCCCAAUGCAAGCCUUGACCAAUUUUUAUUUGAUCCAGUUAAACGUAGGCAAUUGGAUUGGGAAAGGAGAUCCAAAAUCAUAGGAGGCGUUGCUAGGGGGAUCCUUUAUCUUCAUGAGGAUUCUAGGCUUCGGAUCAUUCAUCGUGACCUUAAAGCUAGUAAUGUUCUACUUGAUGCAGAAAUGAAUCCUAAAAUCUCAGACUUUGGCAUGGCAAGGUUAUUUACUCUGGAUGAAACUCAAGGCAGCACAACCAGAAUUGUUGGGACCUAUGGAUAUAUGGCACCGGAGUAUGCAAUGCACGGGCAAUUCUCAGUCAAAUCAGAUGUUUUUAGCUUUGGAGUACUACUCCUUGAAAUUGUAAGUGGCCAAAAAAACACUUGUUUCAGAAAUGGAGAAUCGGUGGAAGACCUUCUGAGCUAUGCUUGGACGAAUUGGCUCGAAGGAACAGCUACAAAUUUGAUUGACCCCAUGUUUAGGGGAAGUUCAGGACUGGUUCGUGACAUAAUGAGAUAUAUCCACAUUGCUUUAUUGUGCGUUCAAGAAAAUAUUGCUGAUAGACCAAACAUGGCUGCAGUGGUUCUCAUGCUCAGUAGCCUCUCUCUGAGUCUUCCCGUGCCUUCAGGGCCUGCAUACCAUACGCACGACGACAUUAACGCAGAGAUUUCACUUAUGCAAGAAUACAAUUCAAGAUCGUCAGAACCUAAGGAAUUAACCAAAAAUAAAUCUAUUUCUUCAUCACAUAACGAGGCAUCCAUAACUGAGUUAUACCCUCGUUAGCAUCCUUAGACAUAAUUGCUAAUAGCCUUCUUUUCUGUGUUUUCUGAAUGACUAUGUAAUUUGCUCCAAUGACUCCAGUUAGUCUACAAUUGAUGAGAUUGAUUUAUUUAUGGUUUUUGUUGUCCAAC